GGCCUUGCACAACUUGUUUUUAACUUUUAAUAGUAAACGUUGGACCGUGGGUGAUGUUAGUUGUGUGUGUUGGAGCAACUAAACAAACAGUCUGGGAUUUGUUUUGGAAAACUACAUCAAAUUUAUUGGCCGAAUUGGAUCCUAUCAAUUAUUUGAUACGGAUAGACAGCAGACAACCACAAAAUGUUGUCGAAGAAUAUGAUAGUGGUGAAAAAGGCAGUGGAAACAAUUUCGAAAAAUUCUAAAGUGGCCAGUAUUUUCGUGAGAAAGCAGAGCGCUUGGGGUUCUGAUAAAGUAGUGAAGUCUCCGUACCAGAAUGUGGAGAUUCCCAACAUGACUGUUAACGACUACGUCUGGCAGAACCUGGACCGGUGGCCUGAGAGGACUGUGUCGGUGUGUCCAGUGUCCGGCCGCGGCUACACUUACGAGAAGGCCUUCAAGCUCUCCAACUCCUUCGGCGCCAACCUCCGCAUCAAGUUCAAGAUCAGAGACGGCGAUACGGUCGCCGUCAUGCUGCCCAACGUGCCCGACUACCCGCUGGUAGUCAUGGGCAUCCUUGAGGCUGGAGGGGUGGUGACUACUGUUAACCCUAUUUACACGGCUUAUGAGGUCCAACGGCAGCUGCAGAUGUCAGCUUCCAAAGCCAUCGUAACCCUUCCAGAAAACGUGAAAACCAUUAAAGACGCAUUACAACUUGCAAAAUUAGACAUCCCCAUCAUAGUCAUAAAGACCAACGGAAUUGCCAUCCCUGAAGGCACUGUCUGUUUCAACGAGCUGUCUGAAGAUGGUCAUGUAGAUACGUCUGUUCUGAAGCAAGUCAGAAGAACGGCUAAUGAUAUCUGCAUAUUGCCUUACUCGAGUGGUACAACCGGAAUGCCUAAAGGGGUGGAGCUCUCGAACAGAAAUAUCAUAGCUAAUUGUGAGCAGAUAAAUGAGCCCCUGGUAGCCUGCCAUAAUGAAACUACUGCGACGCACCAAGACUCCGUGAUGACGAUCCUGCCAUUCUUCCACAUCUACGCUCUCUCCGUGAUCAUGUUCCACAAGAUGUCUCAGGGCAUCAAGAUGGUGACGCUGGCCAAGUUCCAGCCGGAGACCUUCCUGCAAGCCCUGGAGAAGCAGAGGACCAAUGUGCUGUUCGCCGCGCCUCCAGUUAUUCUCCUGAUGGCGUCCCACCCGGCCAGUUCUCCGAAGACCUACGAGCACCUGGAGGUGGUCAUCAACGGCGCCGCGCCGCUGUCCCCCGGGGACGCAGAGAGGUUCCUGGAUAGGGCUCAGCGCACCAUGGACUUCAGACAAGGCUACGGGCUGACGGAGACCUCCCCCGUGGUGAGCAUGACUCCCCGGGGCCUCGGCGACUACAGCUGCGUGGGGCGAGCGCUGCCCAACACCGAGCUCAAGAUUGUAGAUGAUAGGUUGAACAGUUUGGGAUGCAAUGAGAAAGGCGAGCUGCUAGUCCGAGGCCCACAAGUCAUGCGCGGCUACCGACAGAACCCUCAGGCUAACGCAGACUCCUUCACACAAGACGGCUGGUUCCGUACUGGAGACCUGGCUGUCAUCAGCGAUGAUGGACUGGUGACUAUUGCUGAUCGACUUAAGGAGCUUAUUAAGGUUAAAGGGUUCCAAGUGCCCCCAGCAGAGUUGGAAUCGGUCCUCCGAGAUCACCCCUCAGUUGCCGACGCGGCCGUGGUAGGUGUCCCGCACGCCAGCCACGGAGAGGCCCCUAAAGCCUUCGUCGUCCUCAAAAACAACGCCAAAACUGACCCACAGAAUAUCAAAGACUUUGUGAAGGAAAGAGUAGCGUCGUAUAAGAGAAUAGAGGAUAUUGUGUUCAUUGACAGUGUGCCGAAGAGUUCAGCUGGGAAGAUAUUGAGGAGAGUGCUGAAGGAACAGUAUUGUUAGGUUUUUGUAAGAUAUUUUAUAUAUUUUUGUAAUUAAUCACGAUGUUCUGUUAUAUAUUUAUAUUUACCUUCUUUUGUGGUAAAAUAAGCAGCAAAACUUAUGGAUGCCAUGAACAAUUGAGUAUUGAGUACCUAACAACCUAACAUAUCAAUAUAACUUUAUAAAACCCUAGUACUUAUACAUAUUUAACCAAGACUUCAUAAGCUAAUUAAGUUUUAUAAACUAACCAUUUUAAGACAACUUUACUGAUUUUGAUAUCCAAAAUCCAACUGGUGUAUAAUGUACCUAUACUGUCUCGUGUCUUAACUAAGACAUAAUAUUUAACAUCUGUGAUAGCUAAUAGUUCAAAUCAAGCAUCAGCCAAGUCAUAGAUAUAGUUAGAUAUAGAUAUUAACCUUUGUAUACUUUACUCGUCUAUCUCUGACUUAGCUCUAAAGUAAAGAUGAAUUAUCUUCUUCACAUAAACAAUCUGUUCAAUUUCUGUUUUUUUGUUUUGUAUAAAUAAAAUUAUGUUCUACUUUUAUCUUUAAGAAUAAAUAAGACUUUUAUACGCAAUGCUAAUAUUAUAAGUACCUUUACGAAAUAAAAAAUCUUAAAAAUAUUUUGUUAAUAAUCUA